UAGUUUGCUAGCUUAUGUUCUUGUUCUACCUGCAGGAGAAGGAAUUUCCUGUUAGAGCAAAUUGACACAGAAUUCAUUGAAUUUAUCAGAUUUGGAAACAUUCUAUCCUGCUUCUGCUACUGCUUCUCCAACUGUUCUACAGGUUCCUGAGAUGUGAUGGAAGGUGGGAAACUUUUGUUUCAGGAUUGUGUUUAUUCCCUGAAUCACCCAGCGAGCUCUUUCCCUGAAUCACCUUAUGUGUCUCUCUUUUUUCUUGUUUCUGCUGCAAAUAUACUGUUCCCGGGUGCCUCUAGUCUCUCAGGAAAAGGAUGAUUCAAAGCUGGCCCACCAGGAAUGAAGUUCUUUAAUUCUACUUUCCUUUGUGACUUCCACUCAAAGAAAAGAACAAAAACCUGACAAAGCUACUUUACAUUCACUGCGCAAACAAAGAUUUCAACAGAAAACAAAGCUGAGAAGAUGAAACCAUGAGCUUAUAACAUGAGUUUGUUUCUGUUUGUGAUGAUUUGCAGCUUUGGUUAAGCAUAGGAACAAUGAUGAUCAAAGGCAAGGCUGUGAAGUCUGAUCCUUAUGCUUGUUUAGGAAUAGAUAAAUCUGGUAACUGGGUUCCAGGAGCUCCCAGAGUUUUAUCCCUUCUGUCUUCUAUCCUGGAAAGGUCCAUCCAGAGGAAUGAAAAGCUGGUAGGCGGAUCAAGGAGGAUGGAUGUUGUUACCAUAUUCCAUGGUACAAAAGCACCUGCCCUGAGCAUUAGACAAUAUGUGGAACGCAUCUUCAAGUACUCCAAAUGCAGCAAUUCUUGCUUUGUUGUUGCACUUGUAUAUGUCGACAGGUUCCUGGAAAGAAUGGAUGCUCAUCUUACUUCCCUCAACGUGCAUCGUCUCCUGAUUACAAGUUUCAUGGUGGCUGCAAAAUUUAUUGAUGACCAUUGUUACAACAAUGCGUAUUACGCCAAAGUGGGAGGAGUUAGCACAGAGGAAAUGAACGAGUUGGAGAUGAGGUUCUUAUUCAGUUUGGAUUUCAGACUCCAUGUCACGACCGAGGUCUUCAACAAGUAUUGUUUGAAGAUAGAAAGAGAAGGCGCUGCAGCUUACCAACCUAAUCAGCAAAUUCAAGGCCAUUUGCUCGGAGCUCGGCCAAAGAAAGAUGAAACCAAGCGAGGACCUAAACUUCGAGGUCACCGAGGCAGAGCCUGUUCUACCUAGGAGGUCGAAGACCCAACAAUUUGAACCCCUCUCCUUCAGCAUUGUUCGAUCGAAUC